AUGAGAAUUUUCAUAAACAACGCAGACAGCUAUGUUGGUCGAGCUCUGUGCGCUGACUUGCGAAAAGUUCUGGAUCAGGAGAACCGCAUCUUGGGCAGCUUGACGCAAGACUCUGCGGAGGCAGAUGGCGAGCUUCUGCAUUCACUAGGGGUGAAAAGAGUCGUUGCCCGCGCGAACAAGCAAAAGUACCUCUCUGACGUUCUCUCGUGUUCUUUGAUCGUAUGUGAUCUGCACAGUGCUGAUCUGAACGAUGUAGAGACAUUGAUAAAGGAGCUGAAGGUGGCAGAGCUCGAUCAUGACACCACUUUCGUUCUGAUAUCCUCCGUGAUGGCGUGGGCAAAUACUCGCAAGCAGUACGUGCCUUUGGUUAGCCCCGAGGAGGAGGAGGAAGGCGGAGAGGAUGAAGUGGAGGAAGUGGAAGUCAAGAAGCGUCCAAAAGAGCUGACGGACGCGGACCUGGAGCGUCGUGUGCCUGCUGCAGCCUACGAGGCCUGGAAAUACUUGGAGACACUGACGCUCUCGCUGAGCUCCAAAGCCAAGCUUCGACCACAUGUCAUCGGUGCUGGCGUUUUGUAUGGCAACGGUGAAACUGUUUUCAACGAGUUGUUUAAAGCUGCCUGGCUGACGCAGCCGGUCCACAAGAUCAUUGCUCCAGGAGACAACUACAUUCCAUGCGUACAUGUCCGCGACGUUGCUCGACUGGUUCGCGUGGUGGUCUCGGAUGCGUCCGUGAGCUCAUACCUGAUGGCCGUUGACCACUCGCGACUGACGCAAGCAGCGAUCAUUCAGGGAAUCAUUUCUCAGAUGUCACACAGUCGAGAUGUGCCUGUCUGUCCAGCAGAAGAAGUAGACUCCGAGUUCAAAGAGGUGAUGUCCUUGGAUCUCAUCCUUGAGCCCUCCGCCCCUCUCAAGGAUCCCCAGUUUGCUUGGUGGUGCCGCGACGGAAUCAUCGCCAACAUAGAGAAGGUGGCCGCAGAGUUCUGCAAAUGGCGAAACCUUCGACCAAUAAAGAUGGUGGUCGUGGGCCCACCGGGAUGCGGGGCUGAGCGACUUUGCGCUCGUGUUGCCAAGCACUACCUUCAUGAGGAGCCGCCACAUCUCACCUACCAGCAAAUCAUUGAGGACGCGUGUGCAGUACCAAACAAAGCCGGUCGCAAAUUGCGGAAGAAGGUGCAGAAGCUGGCGGCCGAUCCAAGCAAGAAGCUUCCGCUGCAACUCAGGACAAAGUUGGUGCAGAGUCGCCUCCUCUCCAACGUGUGCCGCUACCGUGGCUAUGUCCUUGAAGGCUACCCAACGACUUAUGCUGAAGCUGAGGCCCUUUUCAUGGAGCAAGUCAAAGAGGGAGAAGAGGAGGAGGAGGAAGCUGUGGAGGAGGCCGACGCUGAUGAUGGUGACGAGGAUGUGGAAGAUGAGGAAGAGGAGGAAGUUGAAGAAGUCCCUGCGUCUAAAGAGGACGAUGAGGACGAAGAAGAAGUCGAGAGGCCCAAGUUCAAAGUCGCAGAAGGUGUGGUCCCAGAAUAUGGUGUGUUGAUACAAUCUUCCGAACCACGAUGCAAAGCAAGGAUAUUCCACGGCGAUGCGAAAGGGCCUUCCUCUGAAGAGGACUUCAACAGAGAAACGGCAGAGUAUCGCGGGGCCAACCUUGCGGAGGAUGGAACCCCAAGCACUGCAGAGUUCUUCCUGGAGCAAUGUGGACUUGCUAUGUUGCCCAUCGACGUGGACAACUGCAGUGAGGAAGAGGCUUUCCAGGCCAUUAGAAUUCACAUGGAGUCCAAGGGUCAGUUCUUCAAUUACCUCAGGUCCGAGGAAGACUUGAUGCGCGAGGAGCAGGAAAAGCAGGCAAGACUGGAGGAGGAACGCGACGUGCAAGAGGCACGCGACAAGAAGGAGCUUGGGCAGAAGGAAACCGCCCUGCGCGAAAAACUCGCUGAUGAAGAAGAGUCGCGACGCAGGGUCAUUGCGCGGAACGAGGCGGCGCACUUGGAGGCGGAGGCCAGGAUGCUGGAUUUCGCUGUUUUCUCUUUGCAUCCGGUUGAGCUUCUGCACAUGUUAUGUCUUGGUGUGCUCUGGGUCUUGUGCUCGAUGAAGAAGCACUGCGGUUUACGUGGCGCAUGGUCCCCGGUAUGCGAGUAUACAGCAUAG